AACAAACACAAGGAAAAAUAACAAUAUCCAUCCAAUUUCAUCUCUUACUAUCUAUUUUGCAGCGAUCCUCUUCCAUUUGAAAACUCUUCCACGAAAUUCAGAAAAAAUGCAGCUCUCCUUCGCUUCCGGACUCUUGAUGUUGGCUGCGGCCUGCGUUGCCUCCCCAGCUCCCGCUAAUGCACCUGUAGCAAGAGCUGCAGAACCACAAGUCCCUGGACCAGGGGAAUAUCCAGGUCCUUAUGAUUUCCUCGGGCAGACCACAGGUCCGUGGGACUGUGCCAAUUUGAUAGGGACUGCGCCCAACAGGAAGACUGCAAGAGGAAAGCUGGAGGCAAGGGCGACCUCGCCCGCUGCGGCUGGGGCGUGUGGCCUCGCUCUUGCUGGACUUGGACCUAGGUCUAAGCAAGUAGCCGGCGAUCAUGGACCAUGGCAAUUGGGAUAAAAAACCAGUGCCUUGUGGACCAUGUAUAUCCCAGCUCUAGCUUCGCUGCCUCCCUCGCAUUCUGCAAACGAACAUCCCCAACAUCCAGCACACACUUCUAUCACCUUCGCUAGCCCGAGUAUCGCCUCGACCAACAGCAUGCAACCCCCUUCCCACUCAAGCACACACCUUGGCUCCGUCCAACCCUCUGCCUCGGCGCCGGCAGAGCGAGUCUAGCAGUCCCACGAGCGGCCGUACGGAGAGUGGGAAGGACGGGUAUGGCAAUGUGGCGAUGUGGUCGCGAACCAGUUUCCAUCGAUACCUAGCGGUAUUUUUGACAGUGGGGUUUUUGGGGUCGGAGGCGGCGGUGGGGGUGGACGCCGUGGUGGAGUUUGGGGAAUGGGAGGACUGCUGAGCUGAGUUGGGUGGCGCUUGGUUUGGAUCAUGGUGAUGACGACAAUUGCCUUUUGCUUUUGCUUCUUUUGUUGCUUUUGCUUCUUUCGCUCCUUUUGGUGUAUGGAAUUCCUCAUCUGCAUUUUAAUCAAGCAUGGUAAGCAUGAUGCACCUGUUUUAUUUCGAUUGUAAUUUAGUACCUUGUUUCAAGACAUAUGUUCUGUGCUUUGUAGACUAGUUCAAUUGUUAAUACAAUUCAUUCUCAAUUAUUUAUUGAAAGGCAAUUGAUUCACAUACUGUACUUAUAU